AUGGAUUACCAGAACCGAGCAGGCUCCAAGUUCGGCGGCGGCGGUGUCGCCGACAGGUCCGCAACCAAUGCUGACCGACGCGAGCGCCUGCGCAAGCUUGCCCUGGAAACAAUCGACCUCGAUAAAGAUCCCUACUUCUUUAAAAACCACGUCGGCAGCUUCGAGUGCCGUCUCUGUCUGACUGUCCACCAGAACGAUGGCUCCUAUCUUGCCCACACGCAGGGGCGCAAGCAUCAAACCAACCUCGCCCGUCGCGCUGCGCGCGAAGCUCGCGAAGGCAAGAACCAGGAUCCGAAUAGCAUGCCCGGCGUCGCCGGUGUGCAGGUUAGGAAGCAGAUGAUCAAGAUCGGACGCCCGGGAUACAAGAUUACCAAGGUUCGGGAUCCGUUGACGCGGCAGAUGGGAUUGCUUUUCCAAUUGCAGUAUCAAGAAAUCACGCCGGGGAUUCUUCCGCGUGUGCGGUUUAUGUCGGCUUUCGAGCAGAAGAUUGAGGAGCCGGAUAAUGAGUACCAGUAUCUGGUUGUUGCGGCGGAGCCGUAUCAGACUUGUGGGUUUAAGUUGCAGGCUAGGGAGAUUGAUCGGAGAGAUGGGAGGUAUUGGACUUGGUUUGACGAGGAUAGCAAGGAAUUUUGGAUCCAGAUUAUGUUCAAGACUGAGCGUGAGGAGCGGUUCAGUGGUGUGCCUGGUUUGGCGCCUAUGCGGUCGUAA